AGAGACUGUUGUGUGUGUGGGUACGCACCUGUGUGUGUAUGUUGGACCCUCUCUCUCCGACCCACUCUCGACAUCUCCCUCGGGAUUCUCACCUCCCUUUCACUGGCGACCAGCUCCCCCCGCAAAGCAGUCACCAUUUCCACUCCCGGGAGACCCACGCUGGCAGCGCAGCCCCUGCCCCGACUCAGCAUCGGGAGGAAGACCCUGGUGGCGGCUGCUGUCGGGGUCAUGCUAGUCCUGGUGCUGGUCGUCCUCAUCCCUGUGCUGGUGAGUUCCGUGGGCAAUGAUGCCAGCCACUACGAGAUGCUGGGCACCUGCCGCAUGGUUUGUGACCCCUACCUGAACAAGGGCACCACCACCAGCGCCAGCAUUCGAGCCGAGGCCGAAGCCUUGAGCGACCACAGCAUUGUACCCCCACCAUCCACCCUGCUGCAGGGUCCACAAGGGAAGCCGGGUCGACCGGGGAAGCCCGGACCCCCGGGGCCUCCAGGAGAGCCUGGGCCUCCAGGACCUAUGGGCCCUCCGGGGGAAAAGGGGGACACCGGGAGGAUUGGUACCAUAGGCCUGGGGGGAAAUGGAGUUAUCAGCACAGCCACCUACACCACCAUCCCUCGGGUGGCUUUUUACGCUGGGCUAAAGAACCCACACGAGGGCUACGAGAUCCUGAAGUUCGAUGAUGUGGUUACCAACCUUGGCAACAACUAUGAUGGCAUCUCUGGCAAGUUUAUUUGCAACAUCCCAGGCACUUACUUCUUCAUCUACCAUGUGCUGAUGAGAGGUGGUGACGGCACCAGCAUGUGGGCAGAUCUCUGCAAGAACGGCCAGGUUCGAGCCAGUGCCAUUGCGCAGGAUGCUGAUCAGAACUACGAUUACGCCAGCAACAGUGUUAUCCUGCAUUUGGAUGCUGGCGAUGAAGUAUACAUAAAGUUGGAUGGUGGCAAGGCGCAUGGGGGCAACAACAACAAGUACAGCACUUUUUCCGGGUUCAUCAUCUACGCUGACUAAUGGAGAAUUGUGGGAAGCAUCCAGAUGAGAGCACUGUUCUGGUUCUGAUUCUUUUUCCAGUUUUUUUUUUCUCUGUCUGUCUCUCAGAAAUCUCUACAAUCUCUUCGAGAAUUGAUUUCAUUUUUUCAGAAAGCUCUGGGUCGUGCUCGGUCCCUUUGCUGUCAUUCUUCCAACCGGCAUAUGAUUACGCCCUAAUGUUUUCUUUUAGAAAGAAAUUUGCUAGAUAUGCAAAAGCCCAGCCUGCUCUUCAAGUGGAAUUGAUG